CAGAUGACCCAGGAGCAGUAUAUCCUUGCGGCGCAGCCCAACCCGCUCCACCAGCGGGCGUCGGUGUGCGGCGCCCAGGUUUACCCGGCAGUGGGAAUCUACGGCUGGAGGAAGAGAUGCUUGUACUUCUUCAUCCUCCUCCUCCUCGUCACCAUGAUCGUCAACCUGGCACUGACCAUCUGGAUCCUCAAGGUCAUGAACUUCACUCCGGAUGGAAUGGGGAAUCUGCGGGUGACCAAGGAAGGUGUCCGACUGGAGGGAGUGUCCGAGUUCUUAUUGCCUCUAUACGUCAAAGAGAUCCAGUCUCGUAGGGACAGUCCAUUGAUCCUCCAGUCAGACAGAAAUGUGACCGUCAAUGCUAGGAACGAUCAGGGACAACUGACCGGUCAGCUAACCGUGGGUUCAGAAAUGGUAGAGGCUCAGUGUCAGAGGUUUGAGGUGAGGAGCGCGGAUGGAGAGAGAGUUCUGUUCUCUGCAGAUGAAGAGGAAAUCAGCAUCGGCACUGAGAAACUGAGAGUCACAGGGAAUGAGGGCGUGGUGUUUAGCCAUUCUGUAGAGACAUCACAUGUAAGGGCAGAACCUUUUCAAGACCUAAAGCUGGAGUCGCCAACUCGGACCCUGACCCUUGAGGCCCCCAGAGGGGUGGAGGUCAACGCUGGAGUGGGAGACUUUACGGCGUCCUGUAGGAAAGACCUUCUCCUGCAGUCCUCGGAAGGAGAGAUCUUUCUAGAUGCCAACACCAUCAGGCUGGGCAGCAUUCCCUUCGGCAGUGCUGUGGACCCCCUGGAGGGGGCGCCAGCGGGCACCACCUACACCAAACAGACUGUGUACGAGCUUUGUGCCUGCGCUAAUGGCAAACUCUACCUGUCCCCGGCUGAGAAAGGCUCUACCUGCCAAACCACCAGUAACUUUUGUCUCUGGAGCUGAGAGUGGGAGGUCAACAGACACUCUGGACAUACGGACAAUUAGAGUUUGAAGCUAAUGCUAGCCAACUGACUGAAUCAACGUGGAUCAGGGCUUGGUGGGAACCUUAUGCCAGCCAACAAACCGAAUUAACAUGGAUUGGAGCAUGGCGUGAAGUUCAUGUCUGUUAACCAAUCGAAUUAUAUGGAUUACAGCUUGGCGGGAAGCUAAUGCUUGCUAAGAGACCAAAGUAACCUGGACUGUGGCUUGGAGUGGAGCUAAUGCCAGAUAAAGGACUGACUCAACAUGGACUAGAGCUGGAUGAGAAGCUUUUGUCAGCUCACUGUCCAAAUUAAUAUGGAUUGAUCAUGUUGUUAUUGCCAGUCAGGAGGACGGAUGACUUGGCGGGAAGCAAAAGCCAAGGUUAGCUGGUGGAUAUGAUGCUAUGAUGACACUCAUGGACAUGGAUGGACAGUCUCACUCCGGGGCUCUCGCUGGCUGUCUUUGCCAUUGUUGAAUUGCUGCCAUGAUGGUUUCUGAAAGUCACAAGGAUUACACACGGGGGGGUUUCCUGAGAACAGCUAACUCUCUUACAAUAGCAGCGAGUUAGUUGUGUCUUCAUUGUAUGACCAAAACGUCCUGGAAAAACAUGCUCCAGCUUUUGUAAGGAUCAACAGAUAUGGUGAUGGACCGUAAAGGCGCCAGCAAGGACAUGGACAAGGACUCAGUUAGCAAACAGACACAAGUGUGGACUUUGGUUUAGCCCUGCGGGUGACUAACGAAUAAAUCAGACAAUGGUUUAGUCUAGUGGGAAGCUAAGGCUAGCUAACGGACCAAUCUAUACCAGAAAGGCCUUCCCCCUCCUCCCCCUCUAUUCUUUCAACCCAACAUUGACGUGUGACCCUUCUGCAUUAAUCUGCGCCUGCUGAAAAUGAAUAUGCUCUCUGACACCACUUUUCAUAGGAUAACUAAUGCAAAUAAUUGUGCUUCACCCUUGCAUUUAACAGUUUUUUUUCCCCUCACAUUUUUUUUAAAUUUAA